AUGCGGUUCAAACAUUUGGACACGCUCACCUUCGAUCACUCGAUCGCCAAACACCUCGUAGAAACUGUCGAACAGCUGGAAAUUGUUGACUCAAGAGCACUGAUACACUUCAUCCUGCCCAGUGCGAACGCCAUCCAGCGUCUGACCAUUGCGCGGACACAGCUCAACUGGAUCCACUUCCAGCCCAACGAGGCCGUCUUGCUGGUGUCGAUCGUUUCCAGCAAUCUGCACCUGGUACCACCAUCGCUACGGAACCUCAACAAUGUAAAGUACAUCAAGCUGCAAAAGUCCUACAUCCGUUACCUUAACCUGGACCUGCUGCAAUGGUUGCGCAAGCUGGACACGCUGGACCUGAUGUACAACAAAAUACACACCCUCGCUAGCACUCUCCAAUGUCUGCAGCAGCACAACCUCGUCACACUCAAUCUUCGCAACAAUCAGCUCAGAAUAUUAAAUCUCGAGCUUCUGCCGCUGAUUGGAUUGUUUGAGCAAGUGGACCUAUCGCACAAUAAAAUUGAGCUGCUGGUAGGGCGGUUCUCGAGCGACCAUCUCCAAACUCUGAUCGUUUCCCACAACCGACUCAAAGUGAUCGACUUUUGUCAGUGGGAUGCAAUGCCGACCCUUGCAAAGAUAUCGUUCGAGGCGAACGAGCUGACCCGCGUUCCCAACUGCAUACACCACCUGCCGAACCUCAGCUACGUUGGGUUCGGCAGGAACAAGUUCACCCAGGUCGACAUGGAACGCUUCGUUGGGUUCCAGUGGUACUGUAGCAAAUACGACGGGGUUGAGUGCACCAUCCAUUAUCUUGGCGAGCUGAAGAGCGAUCUCUCCAAGCUGAAGAACAUCACAAAUGGGGCAACAUUCAUACGCUUCACGCGCGUCAAAGCGUUGACGGUAGAUCAGGCCACGAUCGUACACCUGCCCGACACGGUGCGGAAGCUGGAAAUCACUGACUCGCAACCGGUGCAGAUCAUCAUAAUUCCGAGCUAUCUCGCCAUCACCUGCCUGUUCGUGCAUAUAACGCAGCUCAGAUGGAUCCACUUCCAGCCAAACGAUGCCGUGCGGGAGCUGUCGAUUAGGAUCAGCAAUCUGCAGCAGAUCCCGCCAACGGUUCAAAAUUUGACAAAUUUACAACACAUCAGUCUGCAGCAUUCGCACCUCCAGCAUCUUAACCUGGACCUGCUGCAUUGGUGUCGGUUUUUGCAUACGGUGGAUCUGAGCUACAACGAAAUCCACACAAUCACCAGUACACCGCACGCCGGACAGCAGCGACAGCUCAGUGCCCUGCUUUUGAACCACAAUCAGCUGAGUGUGCUGAAUCUCGAGGUACUCGCACCGAUCGGAUGGUUCGCGUAUGUUGAUUUCUCGUACAACAGGAUCGAACUGCUCGUUGGCCGAUUCUCCAGCGAGCAUAUGGCAACGAUUUCUUUUGCCUACAACCGUCUGAAAACGGUCGACUUUUGCCAAUGGGAGCAGGUGACGAACUUAACCUUUAUAUCGUUCUUAUCGAACGAUCUCACCAGCGUGCCAAACUGUAUCAACCGGCUGACGAACCUUACCACCGUAAGCUUGAUCAGCAACCAGCUGACCAUUGUCACCAUGGACGCAUUUGCCGGCAUGGACAAUCUAACGUCACUGUACCUGUCGCACAACAACAUACGAUCGAUCACUGUCCACGAGGGAAGAUAUCCCAAGCAACUUCAGCAGCUCUUUCUUAGUGGCAACAGGCACAAAUGUGACAAUCACCUGUUCGGCCAACCGUUCUGUUCGGUAGACAUUGAUUUUAAACCAAGUUCGCGCACGAGCGACUGGAGUCGUAACGAAAAUGCUCUAAAAAGGCAACUUUCGAUCAUUGUUUAG